GAACGCCUCUUGAACGUUCCCCCCUACACCUCUCUUUCGCUCCGAUCCGUGUGUUCUCGAAAAAAAGUGGAAAAUAUUCCCAAGUACCACCCUGCAGACGAUUCUUCCCCAAGGAGUCAUGAUCGUGAAUGGCAACGAAAAGAUCGACCUCUCGCAGUUGCCCCUGGUGCAGAGUGACCAAUCGAGUGAGGCAACGCCGGAGAGGUUGCGUCAGCGACUGGAGAUGGGGGGCCACGAUGACCCGGCCGAUCCUCAGAGGUUCGCUGUCCUCAGCUACGAACAGGUGAGCAAGCUGGACUCCGUGAUGGAGGAAGUGAUGCCCAUCCACGGCCGAGGCAACUUCCCAACGCUGGAGGUCCGCCUCAAAGACCUGGUGCGAGUGGUCCGGACCAAGCUCGAGGACGAGCAGUCCGUGGCCGUCCGGGACAUCCGGCUGAACGGGGGCGCCGCCAGCCACGUGCUGUCCCCGGAACCCGGGGCCCCCUACAACGACCUCGACCUCAUCUUCGCGGUGGACCUCUCGCAGCCGCGCCACUUCGACCGCGUCAAGAACGCCGUCCUCAACUCCCUGCUCGACUUCCUGCCCGAGGGGGUGGUCAAGAAGAGGAUAUCCACCUGCAGCCUCAAGGAGGCCUACGUGCACAAGAUGGUCAAGGUGACCAACGGUGACCGGUGGAGUCUCAUCAGCCUGAGCAAUAAUCGAGGGCGAAACAUCGAGCUGAAAUUCGUCGACGUCAUGAGGCGGCAGUUCGAGUUCAGCGUCGACUCUUUCCAGAUCAUCCUCGACUCACUGCUGCUGUUCUACGGCUGCUCACAGAUGCCGAUGAGCGACAACUUCUACCCUACCGUGGUCGCCGAAUCCGUAUAUGGCGACUUCCAGGAAGCCCUCUACCACCUGCACAAAAAGCUGAUCGCCACCAGGAAUCCGGAGGAGAUCCGCGGUGGCGGAUUGCUCAAGUACUGCAACCUGCUCGUGAGGGACUACAAGCCCGCCGCUCCAGAGAAAAUCAAGCACCUGGAACGCUACAUGUGCUCGAGGUUCUUCAUCGACUUCGGCGACAUCCACCAGCAGCGCGCCAAACUCGAGGGCUACCUCGCCAACCACUUCAUGGGCGAGGGCCAGAGCAAAUACGAGUACCUGCUGGUGUUGCACAGAGUGGUGGAUGAGAGCACAGUCUGCCUCAUGGGCCACGAACGCCGCCAGUCGUUAGCGCUCAUUGAAGAACUAGCGUGUCGGACCUAUUUCCUCGAACACCAAGCGAAGGAUCUGUUCCAGCCACACCCCCACAUCGUAUUCGGAGGAGGUUUCUUCUUCACCCCUUACGCGCCCUAUGCGUGCCCUUGCUCGUGGAUGCCGUGCACGUGACCAUCAAAGAGAGGGUCUUCUUUCCACCCCCAUCGUGCCAAUGAUCCGGGAUUAUUUUAAGUGAUUUAUUUUUCGCCAAAAAAAGGAAAAAAAUCAAAAAAGAACAAAAAAAAAAAGAGAAGUAUAUAUAUAUAUCUAUUCCCGGUUUGUGUUCCAUCGCAUCUUAGUUUUGUUAUUUAACUUGAUUUUAUUUUUCUUCGUUCGGUACGGACAGCACACAUUAUUUCCCCAGUGCCAUCCGCGACUCUCUCGCAUUAGUACUUUUACCAGGAUGGACAGUCCUGUCAUCUCACAAAAUAAAGUUCCGCUGCGGGGAGUGACGGUCGUUCACAAUCUUCCAGCACAACAAUUGGUGCAACGAAUUUUCGAAAAAGCGACACAAUUACGAAAGUCAGCAAUGAAGUCAGCAAUAUCUCUAACUCAAAAAUGCUAUUCAAACUUGAUUCAACAUUUUGUUUUCGAUCUAAUAUCUAUAAUUUAUGGUACUUUUCAGCGAAAAAGUGAACGCCACUUUGCUAUACUGAAAUGAAAAGCUCUUUGCCAUACUGAACAUAAAAGCACAAGACCAAUGGCGAAUACUGCAGACAUAAAUACAGGCUAUCUUUACCAGGUUUCAGAACAGUACUAGCUAUUAAGUGCAGAACCACAAACCGGUAUGCUGUCUUCUUGGCAAAACGGUAUCAGUUUGUCCAGACGAUGAAUAUUAGCUCACUAACUGUUGAGUCUAGAAAACCGCCCUGCCUCGUGUGCUGAAGGAUCGAGUUUAUUAGCAAUGGUGAUUGCAUUUGGUUAUUGGCCUUCAAGAUCUCAGUCUUCAAUGUCUCAAAGAGCAACAACCUCCAGAAGAUAAACGAUCGUUCUUCUCCGUCCAGGCGGUAAAUCGAGAAACUGUACUUGCGCACAAUCGACAUCUUGUGUCAUCACAUGAAAUAUCACCAUCUCAAGUUAUGUGGCAGCCAUUCUGUGAAAGCAAACUACGCCGAAUCUUAGCUCUGUGGAUGUACACUUCUGGUGUUUACAACUUCUGAAAUGGCCAUGGCUGCCUCGUAAUUGUAUUCUGAUAGUCGGCAGUGGCGUAUCAUCACACAAAGUACACGCCACUAGAGCCGAUCAAGUGAAAUGCCGCUGCUUACCCUCCUCCCCCGAGAACCGGUGUACAUGUGAUUUAUUUUACUGUCUCUGGAAAAGUCUGGGUUCUCGAUCCUGUAGGAUUGUCCUUGGUGUCUAGUCAGCUCUAGACGUAAAUUGCUCCUUCCUGCAAAAGAGUCGCCACACGAAGAAGAUGCUCAUGGCACUUAGCUUCUUGUAUUCCUGUGCAGCUGUUCUAUCUGACAAAUGUGUUUGAAAGAAAACUAUGAUUUAUUUAAUCAUUUGUGGAAUUUUUUUUCUAUAGUACUCGCAUAUGUUUCGAAUUUCUGUGAUUAUCGUGUCUAGAUCUCCCAUAUCACUAGACUUGCAUCAAAUCGUUUUGCAUUCAUAGUAUAGGCCUUCGAGACGUUUUGUUUUAGGUGUUAUGUCUUUUUACAGGCUUUUUUUCUUUUCUUUUGUGAAGGGAUUUUUAUAGCAACGUAUUUCCAAUAUUUUAUGAUACUUCUGUGGUAUUACUAAUUGUCGUUCCCUUUUUCAAUAUUUUUUUUCUCUCGCGACAUUGCCUAAAUUCGGGACGAAAGUUUCUUUUUGUGAUGCGUUAAAUUAAUUUUUGUUCAAAAAUGAAAUCUUGUGAAUAAUUUCAUGGCUCCGUCCAGCUGACGGGGAAAGCGCAAAGGCAAGGCUUUGAACAAUUUCUGGAAUUCAUCCAACAGUUCUGACUGGCUUCAGACCAAGAGCAAUAGCUGCAAAAUGUCCGCCGCUCAGGUUUUUGCGCUUGCGCAUUGUGUGCAAUACGUUAUUGUUGCACACACUGCGCAGGCGCAAACCUGUGCGACGAGUCUAUUAUAUUGCUUCCGGUAUCAAGUCAGUUCUAGUGACAUGGAUUUUUUUCUUGGCUGUUGUAGCUGUGUAGGCUCCCGGAUUACUUACCUUAAAAUGUUUAGUCACCUCACUAACAUGUUCAUUCGUGUAAUUCCACUCCGAGUCGUGAAGUAAAAGUAUCAAGUUAAUGUGUCAAAAAAUCUUAUGCUGUGGAGCAAAGUAAUAGGUUCCUACUUUGAUUCAUUACGUGCAAAAAGGUUAUUUGACUGUUAAACAAUGUUAUCAAUAGCAAACAUUGCCAUUCUUUCAAAGAGUUUGACUCUAAAAACUGUCAGUCUGAAAUAUCUGAGGAAAAUCCAUGCUUCCAAUUUUUAUUGAAUUUUCUGGAAUUCACUAAACGUGCUACAAAUAUUUCUCAAAGCAAUUUCCAAUUCAUUUUUGUUGAAACCUUUUACUAACAUGUUUUUCAUUUUCGUUUUUUAAAUCUUGCGUUCAUCUAGGAUGGUUGCCUUCAUUUUGAAAAAUUGAAAUCCUAGAAUUUUUGACUAUUCAGAGUCUUUGAAAAAGUAAAAUCAUAAAUCGCUCAAAUUGCUUUGAAACUUCGUGGUUCGCGUUUUCUUCGAAAUUACUUAUUAACUGAAAGAAAUGCUUUAUGCUAAUAAAUCAACUUUAAAAAAUCAACUUAAUGUUGAGGUAUAAAUUAUUUGGAUUUAAGUACUCCUUUAGUAGCACAUGCUCUUUGUUAGCCAAUGACAUGAUCGGACAUAAUUAGUACAUUUUGCAAAGCAGUAAUUGUUUUUUUUUUUUUUUUUUUUCAACUUUUUUAGUGAGAUCAAGUGAUUUUGCCUCCCUAUUUUGUCUAGUAUUUUAAGUGAAAUUAUGUAGUUAAAAGUUUUGUGAAAGAUAUUUUUUUUUUGUUUUUGUUAAACGCUUGGCAAAGAGUCCUUUGUUAAACCGGUUCUUGAAAAAAUCGAAUUGUUCGCGGUUGCUGUUCACCGAAUAAGCACGCCCUGUCGUUAGCUAAAAUGAAUUCCAAAGUGAAUGAAGUCUUGCUACCCGAGAUUUUUCCUGAAAAUGAAUUAUUUUUACAUGAUUGAUUGAAGUAUUUUAAUGCAAAACAAUAUGAGAUGACAAUAUGAUCUGUACAACAUCGAUUCGAUAGUACCAAUGAAUUUGACAUUUAUUUCAAUCUAUUCUGAAAAAAUUGUUUCACCUAUAAACUGUGUUUUUAAUAUAAAACUGUCGAUUAAAUUUGCUUCCUUGGGAAAAUUUUCCAUUUCAAGUUAUUUAAUGGCGAUUCCAUUAAUAGAAAUGUCAAUUGCUGCACAAAGCACUCAACAAAGACUCGAGGUAUAUUACUGUCUAACCACCGAUGAGAUGGAAGGGCAAACAUCCGGUUUACAGGCGGAAAUGGACGGAUCUAUUACUUUACAGGGGCGGUAGUUUGUUCCUUACAGAUGUGCGCUUUUCCUCUUAAUGAUUUAGACGCAGUUUUAUAAAAAUAUAUGCACAUUGGUAUUUUUUUUUCUUAGUUUAAACUAGGUUUGUUCUAUAUUUUCACUACAAAAAUUGAUUUGUUUUUUACAACAUAAUUUUGAGCUUGCCAUUUUGCUUACAUUUCCGGACGAAGUAAAAACAUUUUAUUUUUAGUUUUAUAGAAACUCUUUUUGUUUCCUUUCAUUUUCAACUUAGAGAAUGCAAUAAAUUAAUAAGCCCCUAGUGACAUUAUAAAUCGCGCACAUCAAAAUCCCAGCGCUCUUUUCCCAUCUCCCCUACUAGAUUCAGCUGAUGGAAUCGUCCUAACUUGGCCGAUUGCCAGAUUCCACGUCUUCUGUGGGCAGACUGUACAUCCAUGUUUCAUUGCAUUAACGAAAUGAAGGACUUGAACUGUUCUUCUUUUUAAUGCAAUUCAAUUUCAUAGGUUUCUAGAAUCAAUAUUUAAAUAUUUUUUGGAUCAGUAAUGGACGUACCUGCUCUGAUACGUCCACUCCACUACUAAGUUUUAAAAAAAUUCUGUAAAUCUUCGAAAUUCAACUGCAUCAUAUAGAUGUACAGUGCACAUUCUUCAUAUUGUUCAUGCAAUAAAACAAGGACGUAACAUAUUUGGAGUAUUUUUGGGGUGUUUUUUGCGAAAUUGUCUAUUACCAUGCAAUUGUCCUUAAGUAGAUGAAGUAAUUAAAUAUUCGAUGAAUAACAUAAAUUGGAUGUUCACGUUUUACGUUGAGUUACUUUUGCUGAUAUGUAUUCUAACGAUGUCCAAGAUAAGUUCAAUGUUUGUUUAUUCUUUUUUCGUUCGAAGUACUGUUCUUUGGGACAAACGCGAGUAUUGGUUUUUCAAUGCUGGUUUUUGAUGUUCCUUCUUAAUUAAUUUAACUUAUAACUGUUUUGCUAGAAAAAAAGAUAGCUUUUUAACGCUUACAUCAGUUAAUUCAAAUACAUUGAAUGAAGAAUUUUGUCGAUAAAUUUAAUAAGUUUUAAGAGUUUGAUUACAAUUAAAAAUUGUAUUUGGGUAUCCAUAAAUUUAAUGCGUUGCACGUGUAUUUAAGAAUAUUCUAAAAGCUUUUAUUCUUUUGAACAAAUAGGAUGUGCCAUAUCAAACUAGCUAGUUAUUUAAAGAAAAAAAGAAAUGUUGUCUUUAAUAUUAAAAAAUCUCAGUAGGAAAGUUGUAAAAUUAAUCAAUUAUUGCACUAAUUAAAAAAAAUAUGCUUUAAAAAUUUAUUCACGAAGUUAGCAAUAAUAGUUCAUUAAUUUCACCCCUUUGUGAUCUCAAGCUACUAAUCGAACGAAAAUAAUAAUGUCUUUUUAUUUCAUCGCAGCAUUUAGUGCUGCGUUUUCACACAAUAGAGCUUAGACAUAUGUUUCAACUAAAGCUAGAAUCAAAAUAGCAUGUUUUAAACUUAAAAAAAAAAAUCUUAAACAUACUCCAUGAAGGCAAACAUUCUACUGUUUUUAAUUAAAAACCAAUUAAGUUUUUUAACGUAUUUCAACAGUAUUCGAAGAAUGAAUUCAACAAAUAUGAACUAACAAUCUAAUCAAUGGACCUAUUUAUGCUAUUCGACAAAAACUGAGCAAACGUAUUAAAAAAAAUAAAUUGGUGCAUCGAUUCGUUGUUGAAAAAUGUUAUUUAUUUUGAGAUGCAUAUAUGUGUUGCCAAAAGUGUUUUGAAAUAAGCUUCGCGAAAUCAAAACUUGGAGUGGAGGUGUUUUAUCUCUGUUCUGAUGGAGCGAGUGUUGUGAUAAAAGUUGAAACUAAAUAUGCAAACAUUCCUGACUUAUACGCAGAAGCAAAUCCACUUAACCUUUGAUGUAAAUAAAAUUUGUAAAGAGAGUAUUAUUCAAAUGUUGAGAUAUUAGAGGAAAAUAAAAGUAUUCAAACUCUC